UGUUACAGGAAACGAGAUUAUGAAGGCUAUUUAUGCUCCCUGCUGCUUCCUACAGAAUCCAGAAGCUCUGCUUUUGCACUGAGAGCCUUCAAUGUGGAACUGGCUCAGAUUAAGGAUUCAGUUUCUGAGAAAACAAUUGGACUGAUGCGAAUGCAGUUUUGGAAGAAAACUGUGGAUGACAUAUACAGUGACAAUCCACCACAUCAGCCUGUGGCCGUUGAACUGUGGAAGGCUGUCAAAAGACAUAAUCUGACUAAAAGAUGGCUUAUGAAAAUCAUUGAUGAAAGAGAAAAAAAUUUGGAUGACAAAGCAUAUCGUAAUAUCCAGGAACUGGAAAAUUAUGCCGAAAACACACAGAGUUCUCUUCUUUAUUUAACACUAGAAAUAUUGGGUGUAAAGGACCUUCAUGCAGAUCAUGCUGCAAGUCACAUUGGAAAGGCGCACGGCAUUGUCACUUGCUUGAGAGCCACGCCGUAUCACACUAGCAGAAGAAGGGUGUUCCUUCCCAUGGACAUUUGUAUGCUGGUAAGGCUGUUACUUCACUUGAAGCAUGCUAGGUCCCUCCACAAAAGUGUUCCUGUGAAGGCAUUUCCUGCCUUUCUUCAGACGGUUGCUCUGGAGGACUAUUUAAAGAAAAUUCAACAAGUAAAUUUUGAUAUAUUCCACCCAUCUUUACAGCAGAAGAAUACAUUACUUCCGUUGUCUUUGUAUAUUCAGUCAUGGAGAAGAAGAUACUAAAAAUAAUCUCAUGGCACUGAUACUAAUUUAUUUUUAUUAGUUUUACAAAAGUAUACUAGUCAGGGUUCUUGUUUAUAAACAGCAGGUACUGACUGUUUACUUAAGGCAAAAAUGAAUUUAUUGGAUGGGUGUGAAUAGCUUAUAGAAUUGAUGAGAAAUUACUGUGGGGCUUGGGGGCCAAAACAUUAUUGAGAUUCUGCCUCAGACACUGCCAUUGUCUCCACCAGCCCAGACAGUGUCUACUGUCCCAUCCCUGUCAGGUGGAGCCGUGCUGCACCACCAGGGGGCAGAGAGAAGAAUGUCUCCUCCCUCCCUCACCCUGGGGGGACAGGGACUAGAUAGUGCUGGCUUUGCAUUUGGAGAGCCAGAACUCAGUGCCAGGACAGGUGUGAAAUGAAUUUAUUUAGGGGUCCCAGAGAGUGAAGUUAAUACUUGAGGAGUGUCAGUCACUAUGUUGAGGGAUUUUAUCCCUAACAUUUCAUCUUUACAACCCUGUGAAAUAGCUUCUGUAAGGUAAGGCAGUUGGCUGUCAAGAGCUGGAACCCUAUUUCGAUUUUAGGUCUGGCUGAUUUGAAAGCUUUUACUUUUUUGGGAACCCUGCUGCUUCACUCUCUCUCAUUCUGUAUUGUGAUCAUGAACAAAGUUGUAUUCAUAAAGUGUAUUAAUGUGAAGUAUAUUAGCACAAUUAUAUUGAACAUUCAUUAGGGAAUACUGCAUUUUUAAAAACGUGUAUACUAGUUGAUCUUCCCACUGAUCAGCUCUGGGCUACAUACUUUCAUCAGUGGUCUCAUUUGAUCUUUAAAACUAGAAAGAAAGAAUUUUUUGGUGAUUAAAAAUUUUAAAAUAUAAAAUACACACUAGUUGCAAAAACAAAAUUGUUUGCAUUGCUGGUAAUGGCAGGUCUAGACUCUGAGUGAGUCCCUGACGCCCAAGGCCAGGAUUAUGCCCCCGUUUCCUUUUCCUGUCUUCAGUGGUCUUGUCUCCUUUCCAUUCACACCUCCCAUGUACUGUUCCAUAGCCCAUCUCUCUUGAGCCUUUGGUUUCAGCUAUGGCUUAGUGCCUACUACAACUGUGGCUUAAAAUAUUAUUGUUUUUUGGCCCGGCCAGUGUUGCUCAGUGGUUGAGCAUCAGACUGUGAGCCAGGAGAUCACAUGCCCAGGUUGUGGGCUCGAUCCCCAGUGUGGGGCAUGCAGGAAGCAGCCAAUCAAUGAUUCUCUCUCAUUGUUGAUUUUUCUAUCUCUCUCCCUCUCCCUUCUCUGAAAUCAAUAAAAAUAUAUAUUUUUUAAAUACUUUUUAAAAAAACUGAGAGCUGCUUGUGGGUAAGAAUACAUUGUUUUGUUCAUCUUGGGAUCCCCAGCACCUAGAAUGGCUUCUGAUUUAGAGCAAGUAGAGGUUAAUAAAUGUAUAAUUGAA